AAACAUUGUAUCUCUUUAUAUGGGGGGGGAAGGGUUGGGGGAUACCUCCGCCGCCAGCGCGUGGUCCCGGCCCCCUCCACCCGCGGUCUCGGCCGCGGCCAGCAGCCCCUGCCCCGCGGGGGACGCUGACGGCCGCAGGGCGCGCCUCCCCAGCACACGGACAGGGGGCGCUGCGCGCGGCCUGGGGCAACCCCGGCCAUAGGGGCAGGAAAGUGAGGGCCCAGGUCGGCCCGGGCGUGCAGGGGGCCCCAGGUUCGCAGCGGCGUCCGCGGCAGCGAGAGCGGCUGUAGCAGCAGCGGGAGUGCCGGGUGGAACCGGGAAGCCGAUGGCGGCAGCGAUCCCGAUUCCUCGUUGACUCGUCCGUCCGCCCUCCUGCACUGAGCGCCAUGUUACCGAGCCAAGCUGGAGCCGCGGCGGCUCUGGGCCGGGGCUCGGCCCUGGGGGGCAGCCUGAACCGGACCCCGACGGGGCGGCCGGGCGGCGGCGGUGGGACUCGCGGGGCGAACGGGGGCCGGGUCCCUGGGAACGGCGCGGGGCUCGGCCAGAGUCGUCUGGAGCGGGAGGCUGCAGCGGCAGCGGCGCCCACCGCCGGGGCCCUCUACAGCGGCAGCGAGGGUGACUCGGAGUCCGGCGAGGAGGAGGAGCUGGGCGCCGAGCGGCGCGGCCUCAAGCGGAGUCUGAGCGAGAUGGAGCUCGGCGUGGUGGUCGGUGGGCCUGAGGCGGCGGCGGCGGCCGCCGGGGGCUACGGGCCGGUGAGCGGCGCGGUGAGCGGGGCCAAGCCGGGGAAGAAGACCCGGGGCCGCGUGAAGAUCAAGAUGGAGUUCAUCGACAACAAGCUGCGGCGCUACACGACCUUCAGCAAGAGGAAGACGGGCAUCAUGAAGAAGGCCUAUGAGCUGUCCACGCUGACAGGGACACAGGUGCUGUUGCUGGUGGCCAGUGAGACAGGCCAUGUGUAUACCUUUGCCACCCGCAAACUGCAGCCCAUGAUCACCAGUGAGACCGGCAAGGCGCUGAUUCAGACCUGCCUCAACUCGCCAGACUCUCCUCCCCGCUCAGACCCCACCACAGACCAGAGAAUGAGUGCCACUGGCUUUGAAGAGCCAGAUCUCACCUACCAGGUGUCGGAAUCUGACAGCAGUGGGGAGACCAAGGACACACUGAAGCCAGCAUUCACAGUCACCAACCUGCCGGGCACCACCUCCACAAUCCAAACAGCUCCCAGCACCUCGACCACCAUGCAAGUCAGCAGCGGCCCCUCCUUCCCCAUCACCAACUACCUGGCACCAGUGUCUGCUAGUGUCAGCCCCAGCGCUGUCAGCAGUGCCAACGGGACUGUGCUCAAGAGUACGGGCAGCGGCCCUGUCUCCUCUGGGGGCCUCAUGCAGCUGCCUACCAGCUUUACCCUCAUGCCUGGUGGGGCAGUGGCCCAGCAGGUCCCUGUGCAGGCCAUUCACGUGCACCAGGCCCCUCAGCAAGCGUCUCCCUCUCGUGACAGCAGCACAGACCUCACGCAGACCUCCUCCAGCGGGACAGUGACGUUGCCCGCCACCAUCAUGACGUCGUCUGUACCCACAACUGUGGGUGGCCACAUGAUGUACCCUAGUCCCCAUGCAGUGAUGUAUGCCCCCACCUCGGGCCUGGCUGAUGGCAGCCUCACCGUGCUCAAUGCCUUCUCUCAGGCACCAUCCACCAUGCAGGUGUCCCACAGCCAGGUCCAGGAGCCAGGUGGUGUCCCUCAGGUGUUCCUGACAGCACCGUCUGGGACCGUGCAGAUCCCUGUCUCUGCGGUUCAGCUUCACCAGAUGGCCGUGAUAGGGCAGCAAGCCGGGAGCAGCAGCAGCAACCUCACCGAGCUACAGGUGGUAAACCUGGACGCCACCCACAGCACCAAGAGUGACUGAUCCGCCCGCCGCCCUGGACAGCCGGCCCAGGGACAGCACCACUUAUUUAUUGUUGCCUUUUCACGGUUUCUUUACACACACAUUGACUGGCCGAAGGAGGGAGGCCGGGAGAAGGAGUGGGCAGCCACAGGACUACGCCCUCUCACUCCAGCCAAAGAACCGGGCCUGCCUGCCCUCCCCCACCCUCCCCCAGCUCCCUCCCUCCUGCUCUGCCUGCCAUGCUGUUGAUGGUGGAGCCUCCCUCCCUCCUCAGACCCCUUGCCAGCCUGGCUCAAUGUUUGCUCUGAGUAUUAGCCCACCAGAUGGGCCUGCGCCCACCUCCCCACUCAUAGGCCUUCUGUGGGACUGCGCACAGUGUGCCCCUCUGAGGAAGCGUUUGGGGGCCCUCUCUCCAGCCUCUUUGGCGACCUCUGGUUAGCUCUGUGUCUGCCAUGGUCUGGGUCAAAAGAGCCCUGCCCCUGCCCCUCAGGGAGCCAGCUGGGAGAGAUGGGGGCUUCUUGUCUCACACCGUCGCCCUCUGCCCCUUUCAGUUCCUGGGACAGCUGGGCCUGUGCGCUGGGCAGGUUACCAGGGCUGCCUGCCCUGCCAUGCCUCUGUUCCCAUGGACCUCCAGGGGCUCCUGGGUCGGAGGGAACCACCGUUAGUGUUCUCUUCCUUCCCUUGGUCUUCCCCCCUUCUCCCAGCUGCUUUACUUAAAAGUUGAUUUUGAACUUUUUAUUUGAGGAGAUGAAGUGAAAACAAAUCUAUAAAUAUAUAUUUUUCAAAUAUUUAACUUUUUUUUAAUGGCGUUUUUCUCAUCCCCCUUCCUGCCCAAACUCCCCUUUCCUGGGGAAACUCUUGGGCUCCCAAGAACUGUCUGGGCCCUGGGGACAGCCACCCCAUGAGCUCCGGGGUUCACCAGUGUUUGUGUGUGGGAGAUUCUGGGAUUGCUCCACAUCCUGGGUUCUUUCCAGGAGAAAGCUGGGGGAGGGGCCCUCAGGCCAUGCCACAAAAGGGGGGGUGGGAGGGUGACCCGCAGUUCUAGGCCUCUAUUGCCCUCUAGGGUUGUUGUUAGGAAGAGGGAAGAGGGAGACCAAAUGUGGGGGUGGGGGGAGGGGUCAGGUAGAGGAGAUUGAGUCCCUUUGUACCACAGCAUGGUCAUUGCAGCCUUGUGCUCCUCCAGGCUUGCGGCUGUCUGGGGCCCAAGGUGCAGUGAGCAGGAUGGGGUUGGGGAGGUCGGGAGACACAGGAAUGGGGGUCAGAGGUAGGGGCAGCUCUUGUGCUGAGUGCAGCAAUGGGGAGCCAGACACGGGCAGCUCUCCCAGGGAGUGAGCAGCUACUGUAACUUUUUUAAAUUAAGACAAAAAGCCUUGAAGAAAAUGACUUUAUUUUUCUAAGUGUAACCUCAGUAUUUAUGUAAUUUGUACAGGGCCAUGCCCCCACCCCCUUAAAAUCCCCUUGGGGAUCUUGAGGGUGGGCUAGCAUAGGGGAGGGUGUUUACCCUGUGUCAGCGCCAGCCUAAACCACCUGUAUCCAUUAAAGGAGCUUUUUUUCAGGAGGGCAGAGGGUAGGGUGUCCUUAACCCCUUGCUACUGCCUUCAGUAGGAACAAGGCUGCUUCUGUGGUUAGGUGAAGGGCUAGGGGAAGGUUCCAUGCACAGCCUAGGUAUUGUGGGUAUGAUCUGAUGUGCUGAGCCCCUCAACCUCUUCAUCCCCAUUACUGACUUCCCCAGCUGGGAUGCCACCGGUCUGGCCUUUCUUCUGGGGCAUUUGGGUGGUUUUCAAGACUAGGGCCUGGUAAAGCAGGGGCCAGAGUUGGGGAGCUUGGGACUCAGGUCGGUAACUGCCCAGCCCCCUUCUCUGCCCUUGUUUCACUCCACUGCCUCCCACUCACAGCCCCUCCCCCAACACCGGAGGAGGUGUCGAUUCCUCCUCACAAAAGAUAGAGCCUGGGUGAGUGAAUCAGACAAAGUGCUUACCACGAAGCGUGCUGUGUGAUUGUGGCCUUGGGAGAACCUGUUUGUCAGGACUGAGGUGGCUUUUCUAUGUGCAGCAACCCUUGGUGUUUCCCGGCCUAAGUGGCUCUGGGGGUGUGCGUGUGCCUGUGUCCGAGUGAAUAUAUUGUGUGAAUGUGGACUGCGUGUGGGUACAGCCGUGGUUUCUACUUCUCCUGGGAUGUUGACCCAGGAAUAGUGGACAUGGUCACAUCCUCUGUACAGAGCUUUCUUUUGUAUUAAAAAAAAUACUCUUUCAAUAAAUGUAUCAUUUUUGUGCACA